AUGUCACUCGAAGCGAUCAGAUACAAGGAUGGGCGCCUGACCAUCCUUGACCAGCUCAAGCUCCCACAUCAAGAGGAAUAUGACGAAAUCCACAACGCACAGGAUGGCUGGCAUGCAAUCAAGGAGAUGCGGACUCGAGGAGCACCCGCCAUUGCCAUAGUCGCCGCCCUCGCAUUGGCUGUAGAGCUUCAAUCAACCCAGCUGUCGGAGCAGCCUGAGGAGGUUUCGGUGUUUAUCCUCGAAAAGCUCGACUACUUGGUGACCAGUCGACCAACCGCCGUCAACCUCGCCGAUGCCGCCAGGAAGCUCAGAAAAAUCACAGAGACCGCCGCCAAAUCCCAAGGCGCUACUGGUUCCUCAGUCGCCAAGGCUUACUGUGAUGCUGCUGCGCAGAUGCUGAUCGAUGAUGUCUCUGACAACAAAGGCAUUGGCAAGUACGGGGCCGAAUGGAUCACCAAAGUUGCGGGCGGUGGUCAAGUCAGCGUGCUCACGCAUUGCAAUACUGGAUCGUUGGCGACCGCAGGCUACGGCACAGCGUUGGGAGUGAUCCGAUCCCUCCACGCCAACGGAUCCCUCAAGCAUGCAUUCUGCACCGAGACCCGACCAUACAACCAAGGAUCACGACUGACAUCAUUCGAGCUCGUCCACGACAAGAUUCCCGCAACACUCAUCACCGACUCCAUGGCCUCCGCCCUGCUCCGCCUCCGCGGGCCCACCGAACGCAUCGCCGCCAUCGUCGUGGGAGCCGACCGCGUCGCCGCCAACGGCGACACCGCCAACAAAAUCGGCACCUACCAACUCGCCAUCACGGCAAAGCACCACGGGGUGAAAUUCCUCGUCGCAGCACCGCGCACGACCAUCGACCUGGACACCAAAACCGGCGACGACAUCAUCAUCGAAGAACGGCCCGGCAGCGAGAUGACGUACCUCAAAGGCCCGCGAUUCGACGGCGCCGAAUUGGACGUCAGCAGUGUCGAAACCAUCAGCAUCGCGGCCCGUGGGAUCAACGUGUGGAACCCGGCCUUUGAUGUCACGCCCGCGGCGCUGAUCGAUGGGAUCAUCACGGAGGUGGGCGUGGUCGAGAAGGAUUCCAGUGGCGUUUUCGACCUCGGGGUGGCUAUGAAGGUGCAUCAUGAAGGGAUCAAGCCUACCACUGUGGGCGGCCUUUAG